AUAUUUCUAAUUCCCAAUGAGGUUGGAAUGAGAGAUAACUCCAUAUAUAAAGAUUGUAGGCUCGUGAUCCGUGGAGACGCAAAAGAAGGUAUUUGAUAAAACAUCUAUUAAACCUACGAUUGACAAGGUGACCGAUAACCAUGAAUGAUGGAGAAGAGCCACCGAUGAAAAGAAUUAGAGAAACUCUUAUGCUAUCGGAUACAACUCUUAUGCUUUCUGAUGAUGUGUUAUUAAACUGCUUAGCCCGUGUCCCAAGAUUUUAUUAUCCAACUCUCUACUUAGUCUCUAAGAGAUUUCGUUCUCUCGUUAAUUCAAUGGAGCUUUACGCAACCAGAACCCUCUUAGGUUGCACCGAGAGUUGUCUUUACGUAUGCUUACGACUCACUCCAGACUAUGACUUACUACGUUGGUUCAUCAUCGACAAGAGAUCAAAUAGCUCUAGAAAAGUCCUGGUCCCGAUUCCAUCUCCCAAUUCUACCAUGUCGGGUGUUGUAGUGGUUGGUCCCCAUAUAUAUGCUAUUGGCGGCGGAUCGGAGAAGAAUCCAUCAUCUAAGGUUAUGGUCAUGGACAGUCGUUCCCAAACAUGGCGUGAAGCCCCAAGUAUGCAAGUGCCUCGUGUGUUCCCAUCUGCUUGCACCCUCGAUGGCAAAAUAUAUGUAAUGGGUGGAUGUGACCAUCUCGAUCCAACAAAUUGGAUGGAGGUUUUUGAUACGAAGACGCAGACUUGGGAGUUUCUACAGAUCCCUUCCGAGGAGAUAUGCGGAGGCUCUAAGUACCUAUGCGUAGGAUAUGAAGGAACAAUCUAUGUGAGGUCUCAGGAAAAAAGAGCUACUUAUAAGCUGCAUAAAGGUAGAUGGAGAAGGGCAGACAUAACCAUGAAUACUGUAUGGGGUUAUGCGGCGUCACCAUCAUCUUUUUGCGUAAUACAGAACGUGUUCUGCCGUUACGGUGGUCAAAUGAUAUAUUGGUACGAUCUCAAAACAAGAUUAUGGAAAUCUUUGAAAGGUAUGGAAGGACAAGGAUGGCAGCCUAAGUUGCCUUUAGAUGAAAAGAAUGUUAAAUUGGCAGAUCAUGGUGGGAAAAUAGCGAUUUUGUGGGAAGAGUACGUGGUAGUUGAUGAAAAGAAAAUUGUUUGGUGUGGGGAGAUUGCGCUCGAAAGCCUCCAAGAUGGGGAAAUCCGCGGGACGCUUGAGGGGGUUGAGGAUUUGUUAACAUCCACCAAUUUAGUGACUUUGGUGCAUGCUCUUACUGCUACGGUUUGGUGAAUUCACCAUAUCAAUAGAUAUCUCAUAUCAUUCUGUUUUGAAUUUUUUUUUUUUCCCUUUUCUACA